AUGCGUGAUGAUAUUGACAAUCCUAGGUUGGAGGAGGUUCCCUCCUUAGAGGAGGUGCGUCAGGUGAUAUUUGCGAUGGAUGGUGACAGCGCGGCUGGCCCGGAUGGUUUCUCUAGCAAAGUCUUCACGACUGCCUGGGAGGUGGUGGCUCACGAUGUGUAUAAGGCGAUUCUGAGCUUCUUCUGUGGUGCGGAACUGCCUCACUUCAUCACAGCGAUAUCUAUUGUUCUUCUACCCAAGAAAUUGAACCCUGAUGAUUUCACCCAGUUUCGCAAAAUUAGUGUUUGUAACUUUCUCAAUAAAGUUAUUUCGCGCAUUAUGGAACUGAUGUCUGAAAUGGGAAAGAAGUGUAGGGGUGGUAACCUGGCUCUCAAGCUAGAUAUGGCUAAGUGCUUAUUAAUGGCGUAUCCUAUGGGUUCUUCAAAUCUUCCAGGGGUUUGCGUCAGGGGGACCUACUAUCGCCGGCGUUAUUUAUUAUUGGCUCGGAGGUUCCCGGCAUUUAGGGUGUCGAGGCACUGUCCUCCUGUUGCUCAUUUGGCAUUUGUGGACGAUGUCAUCAUCUUUGCUAAUGGGGGUGCAGCCUCGCUCAAGAAGGUCAUGCAGAUACUGGAGUGGUACCAGCAUGACUUGGGUCAGUUGGUGAACGUGUAG